CUAAUCUUUCGUCAGAAUACCAAAGGAGUUCAUUUUCCCUUUCCCCGUCUCUCGCUCGAUCUUCUUCUGCUUGGGUUGUCGUUUCCCUCUCUCUUCUCAUGGUGAAAUUCUCUCUGUUUUCCUGCAAUCACCGAUAUCCGUGGCUUUCCCACCUCUAAACUCGUGUCCGGUUGAUUCUGUUUCGAUUAGUUUUUCGUUAAGCGAGCUGUUUUGAGCAUCUGAUGCUGAUCUUCAAGGUCGGUUCGUGAGAAAAAUGAAGACUUGAUCCGAAAUCUCUUGCUCUGAAAUUUGUUUGCUUAUUCUGUAAUGGUUUGCCCCUAUUAUGGUUCCUUUCCAGUUCUGUUUGAGAGGUGUAGAUUAGAGUUAAGUUCAUUAAAUAUUGAGUGAUAUUAUAUCUGCAUACUGGAGGCAAUAGACAACUUUUGAUCCAUAAGAUUCGUUAAUUGGGCUAUUGUGUUUGUCUUAGCACAUGGAUAAUUACAAUUUUGUGGUUGGUCAAGAGUUUGCUGAUGUCAAGACUUUCAGGAAGACAAUUAAGGAAGCAGCAAUUGCACAGCAUUUUGAACUUCGGAUAGUAAAGAGUGAUUUGAUUCGUUAUUUUGCAAAGUGUGCUACAGAAGGGUGUCCGUGGCACAUUCGUGCAGUGAAGCUUCCUAAUGUCCCUACCUUCGCUAUAAGGAGCCUUGGAGGGACACAUACUUGUGGGAGGAAUGCACACCAUGGCCAUCAACAGGCCUCUGUAGAUUGGAUUGUGAAUUUUAUUGAGGAACGACUGCGGGAUAAUAUGAAUUACAAGCCCAAAGACAUUUUGCAGGAUAUCCAUAAACAAUAUGGAAUCACUAUCCCAUACAAGCAAGCUUGGAGGGCCAAGGAGCGGGGGCUGGCAGCAAUAUAUGGCUCUACUGAGGAAGGAUAUUGCCUCCUUCCUGCAUACUGUGAACAAAUAAAUAAGACAAAUCCUGGAAGUAUUGCACAGGUUUUCACCACUGGAGCGGACAACAGGUUUCAGAGGCUUUUUGUUUCGUUCUAUGCAUCCAUAUAUGGGUUUGUGAAUGGGUGCCUUCCUUUGGUUGGACUUGGUGGCAUCCAGCUGAAAAGCAAAUACCUUGGUACCUUAUUGUCAGCGGCCUCUUUUGAUGCUGAUGGUGGGUUAUUUCCAAUUGCUUUUGGUGUUGUUGAUGUAGAAAAUGAUGAGAGCUGGAUGUGGUUUUUAUCAGAGCUACAUAAGCUGAUAGAAAUGAACACCGAGAGUAUCCCACAGCUGACAUUCUUAUCAGAUGGGCAGAAAGGAAUUGUUGAUGCAGUAAAAAGGAAAUUCCCUAGUGCCUCUCAUGGAUUUUGCAUGCGUCACUUGAGUGAAAGCAUUGGUAAAGAGUUCAAAAACUCAAGGCUUGUCAAUCUGCUCUGGAAAGCUUCCUAUUCCAUCACCACAAUUGGCUUUAAAGAAAAAAUGGCAGAAAUUGAAGAAGUUUCUCCAGAAGCAGGUAAGUGGAUGCAACAAAUUCCACCAUCCCGUUGGGCAGUAGCAUAUUUUGAAGGGACACGAUUUGGACAUCUCUCUUCGAAUAUUGAGGAGUUCAAUAAAUGGAUACUUGAAGCUUGUGAACUACCCAUAAUUCAGGUGAUUGAGUGGAUUCACAGCAAACUAAUGGGUGUGUUUAGUGAACGGCGUGCAAAGGGCUAUGGGUGGAUGUCAAAACUUGCCCCAUCUGCUGAGAUUAGGAUUACUGAAGCAAUCAACCAUGCAUCUGCCUAUCGGGUCCUUCGAUCAGAUGAAGUGGAAUUUGAGGUACUCUCCGCUGAAAGGUCGGAUAUUGUGAAUAUUGGAACCCGUUGUUGUUCAUGUCGUGACUGGCAACACUAUGGCCUACCUUGCUCCCAUGCUGUUGCUGCACUUAAAUCUUGUAGAAAAGAUGUCUAUGACUUUUCAGACAAGUGUUUUACUGUGGCCAAGUACCGCGAGACAUACUCGCAAGCAAUAAAUCCUGUCCCUGAUAAAAGUGAAUGGAGCAAGGCAAGUGAAGGUCCUGUGGAUGAGGACAAUAGACUUGUAAGGCCACCCAAGUUUCGGCGUCCACCAGGACGCCCUGAAAAGAAGCGACUUUGUAUAGAGGACCUUAACAGGGAGAAGCAUACUGUGCAUUGUAGUCGUUGUAACCAAACCGGACACUAUAAAACAACAUGCAAGGCAGAUGCUAUGAAGAGUAUAGAAUAUUUCUAAAGUGUGAGAGAUCUGAAUUAGUAGUGGUUCUAAUGUUUUUUUCUUACAGGGUAGCAUGAUGUCUAGGAAAUUCAUAUUGGUCAUGUAGUGCAAAAUGGGAAAUCCCCUUUUUUAGCAGUAAUGAACUUAGAUGAUGUGAAAGGGAUAUGUAAUUUACUUGUCAGUUGUAAUUACUUAAGAUUAGUCCUUGUGAAUCAAAGUUAACUUAUUUGUAUAAGAGUGAGGUAGUGAGCCAUGCUUCCUGCAUUUAUUAUUUUCAAUUUAAUUAGUAUGUUGGAAUGGCUUUUGGAAA